AAAAAUUUCAGUGGAUUACAUAUAGAUAAUGGAGAUAGCAAAGGAACUUGUAUUAAUCCUCCAGCAAAAUAAUAAAUCUCAUGUUGGAUAUGGAUUACAAAAAGAAUGUGAAGCUCUUGUAGGACACAUCCUUCAAAAUAUGAUCAGAUCACAAAUGCCUUCUUUGCAUGCUGUAAUGAAAAAUGAAGAGGAUUCUAUUAGAUAUAGGGAACAAGGUAAUCAACAUUUUGUAAUGGGCGAUGAUUUGGAAGCUAUAGAAUGUUAUACUCUAAGUUUAGCAUAUGCUAACAAUAAUGAACUUAUGGCUUAUGCGCAUGCAAAUCGAUCUGCUGCUUUAUACAGGAAAAAAUUGUAUAAAGAAUGUCUAAUAGAUAUUGAUGCAGCUUUACAUCAUGGAUAUCCAAAAGAGAAGCAGAAGAACUUGAAGGAAAGAGGAGAUAAAGCAAUAAUUGAAAUAAAAAAGUUGUUGCAAAUAGAUUCAGAGGGUAUCAAUAUAGAUCAAAAUGAUAUGGAUAAAACCUAUCUACAUGGUGAAAGUGUCAAAAAGUCUGAUAUGAAACCAAAAGAAAACGUUGAAUAUAUUGAGAAUAAAACAACAAUAAAGAAAGAUCAGUGGAUUGAUGUUUCCAAAAAACAAAAUGCGAUGGUUGAGGAAAAUUACCUCUAUUAUACAACAAAAAUCUUACCACAGAAACCGAGAUAUUUACAGAACGAUGAUUUUUCCAAGUUAACGUAUGGUCCAAGUCAGGAAGUCCCUGCCAUUAGUGAUGGUGUGACAAUAUCUUUCUCUGAAAGAUAUGGUAGACAUUACAUAGCAACACGGGAAUUUCAACCUGGUGAUAUAAUCAGCAUCGAGGAUCCUUAUGCACAUGUAAUCUAUGAAGAACGAUAUUAUACGCAUUGCCACUAUUGUCUAUCGAAAAGCUACAAUUUAAUACCAUGUGCAAAAUGUCCAAUAGCUCAAUAUUGUUCUGAAAAAUGUAGGAAACUGGGAUGGGAGGCGUGCCAUAAAACAGAAUGUCCAAUUUUAAAAUUAUUAACCAAUUUGCUUAAUGUUGAUAAAGAUAAAAUAAGAAUGAUUUCGAAGAUUAUACGAUUGUUAAUUGUAGUAACGGAAAAUGGAAUUAAAAUUAAAGAAUUGGAGCAGGAUAUGAAAAUCGCGGAAUCUAAUCCAGAUAAUAGAACAGCAGGAUUUACAGAUACUGCAAUAUUAGACAGUUUUAGCGCACGAUCUGCAUUGAGCCUGGCAACUAAUAUGACUACAAGACCGUUAAUCGGAAUUAGCGCAUUUGCUUGUAUUUCAGCUCUCGCGGUAAUUCUUUUAGCUACGCAGACGAAAUUUUUCUCUAAGAAAUACGAGAUCGAUGACUUGAAGGAUAUCAGCGAGUUUUCCGAACUUAAAUUCUGUGCCAGUAUAAUGUUUCGUGCCUGUGUAAUAAUGUCUUCUAAUUGCUUUUCAAUACAACAAGAACCAGGAAUUGUAUCAGGUUCAGGUUUGUAUAUAGCUCACAGUUUAUACAAUCACUCUUGUGCACCAAAUACAUUUCGACAUUUCGAAGGACUUACAAUGAUUACGCGUGCUUUGACACCAAUACGUGUCGGAGAUCAGAUAUUCACGAGUUAUGGUGGUGUGUACGCACACAUGCCUCGAUUCGAGAGAAAGCAGAAAAUAUUACAGGAUUAUUUCCUCGAUUGUGAUUGUCCAGCAUGUGAAAACGAUUGGCCAAUGUAUAAUGAGGUUUUACAUAAUCAUAUUGGAUCUAUUUCCAAAAAUAAGCAACUUGUGGAAAAGUUGAAGCCUUUCAAAGAAAGAUUGCUCGCGAAUAUGUACGAUAUCGAGGCGGUAAAAGCAGUUUUAGAUAUAUUAUAUAAGGAAGUUAAUACACAUCCAUGUGAGGAGAUACUCCAUGCAGAGCAAUAUUUAAAAAGCUAUUAUUUGGAUCCAUGAAAUGUCAAAAAAUAUGACAUGUAAUAGCUAAUAAAAGCUACUACAAUUUAUUUAAA